AUGUCGAACAUAUCGUUAGAUAUUAGCCGGUUAGCUGCAAUUCUGUUGAGGAUCGAUUCGUAUAUGAUCAUCAUACUCUAUAUAACAGGUGUUGGCGGAGCGAGUUUAAAUAUUAUCACAUUUCUUCAAAAGCAACUUCGGCGCAAUUCAUGUGCAAAUUAUUUUCUGUCAGGUUCGAUCGUUGAUUUUUGCCUAAUGAAUAUCACACUUCUACUUGAUAUUAUCAUUACGUACGAUAAAAUACCGUCAAAUCGAAUAUAUUUAACAAGGGUUUGGUGUAAAUUAGGAAACUAUUUAACGUUUAUCUUAACUUGUCUAUCAUCAUGUUUUAUUAUCUUGGCGUCCGUCGAUCGUUUCUGUGCGAGUUCGUUGAAUCAAACGCUUAGAAAAUGUAGUCGAUUAAAAGUCAGCCGCAUUGUUAUUGGAUUAGUCUUAGCUGUAUGGAUACUUUUCGGUUUGCAUAUUCUCAUUGCGUAUGAUUAUAUUCGAGAUCCAAUUAGUAAUGUAACGCGAUGUACAGUGCAAACAAGUUCAGCGACGGCUUUUGUUGUAAUCGAUGGAUAUUUCUUUUCGUUAUUCAAUGGCGCCAUUGCUCCAUUCCUGUUGUCCGUUUUCGGUAUGACAAUUAUCUAUAAUGUUCGAAUGAGCCGGCGACGAGUUACUACUCAAGCAGAGAAUGACAUUCAACUGAGCAGACGUAGCAUUGCUAAUCGACAACAUAUUCAUAUGAUUAAAAUGCUCUUAGCUCAAGUGUUGUUAACAGUUAUCCUGAAUAUACCAUAUGUGGUCAUUUAUCUCUUAGGUUUUUACCAGUCAAUUCCUGUUGAUCCGUUGGCUUUGUUUUUGCUGAUUGUUUUUAGUUAUAUUGGAAGAUGGUUUUAUUAUAUGAAUUAUUGUAAGAAUUUCUAUGUGAAUACGCUGACGAGUACAUUAUUUCGCAAUAGUCUUUGGAAACAGUUUCAUGUUUUUUUUCGCUAUGAAUUGCCGAUUUUCACUAGAGUUGGUGUUCAAUUUUCGAGAAAUAAUUGA